AUGUCCAACAUGAUACAUAAGGUGAAGGAGGCCCUGACUGGCCACCAUGGCGACUCCCACACAACGAGCCAUGGGCACCAUGACUCUAGGGCCGCCGACAAGGUCGAUCCUCGGGUCGAUAGCGACCGUGACAACCGCGCUCGCCAUGAGGCCAUGGGAGGUACUGCUGGUCCUCAUACCUCUGACACUGCCAACAAGCUAGACCCUCGGGUAGACAGCGACAGAGACAACCGUGGAAACACCACUAGUGGUACCUAUGGUAGCAGCAACACCUACGAAUCCACUAGCAACACCUACGGAUCUAGCAACACUUAUGAAAACAGAAGCAACACUGCUGGUCCUCACGGAUCCAACAUUGCCAACAAGCUCGACCCACGGGUUGGCUCCGACGCGGACAACCGUGGCCUGGGUACUGGCACUGGCACUACCAGUGGCACUGGCGCCUUCGGCUCCGGAACUGGAACUGGAACUGGAACGACAGGCUACGGCACCACUUCCUCAAACGUUGGACCCCACGACUCCAAUAUCGGCAACAAGCUCGACCCUCGUGUGGACAGCGACCAGGACAACCGCGCUCGUCGCCAGGCUAUGGCUGGCAGCAGCUACACUGGCGCUGGUACUGGCACCGGCACUGGAGCUACGGCUGGUCCUCAUAGCUCCAACAUCGCGAACAAGCUCGACCCUCGUGUCGAUUCCGACUUGGACAAUAGCGCCACCAUGGGAACUCAGCGUGGUUUCUAG